AUGUUGUCCAUUCUCCGGAAGGCGCAGUUAAAGGACAAGGAGAUGCGGGUAUUGAUGCUGGGUUUGGAUAACGCGGGGAAGACAACCAUCGUGAAGUAUAUUAUGAAGGAAGACGUCAACACUGUGAGCCCGACGUUAGGCUUCAUUAUCAAAACUAUUGAUUACAAAGGUUACAAGUUAAACAUUUGGGACGUCGGUGGUCAGAAGACUCUCCGCAGUUAUUGGCGAAACUAUUUUGAAAAGACCGACUCCUUGAUCUGGGUCGUAGAUGCCACCGAUAGAUUCCGACUUGAGGACUGUGCCACAGAACUUCAUGGACUUCUUCAAGAAGAGGUAUAG